GCGCAUGCUCACAUUCCCGGGCUGGGCAGUGAUUUUUUUUCUUUGUGUUGAAGCGGGUCUGGAGCGGUGGAUUGUCCACGGGAUCCGGAUCGGGAGAGGGUCCUCGCCCCCUCGGGCGGCGAGCCGGGGGGGCCGGUCGGAUCAUUCUCUGCGGAGCGGGACCGACAAGAUCCAUGCGCUAGAUCUGCAGUGAGAGAUUUAUUGGAAGAAAAGCCCACAACUGGAAGCAAACCACAACUGAAGACGAGGGAACAGCAACAAGUGAACCAGCCCGAGGACUGAGAGCACCGACUGGAGAGAACCCAUCUGACUCAGGGUUUCCAUUGAUUCAGUCAGGAGAAAGUUUGAACAGUAAAAACUGAUCACACCUCUCACCAAAAUGGGUCAAGGUUCGAGCAGUGGAAGAGCUCCAGUGACGUCAGCAUCGGGAAAGGACACGGGUUCGAGCUCAGUGAUCACCGAGCUCCUGGCAAGCUGUGACGAUUCCCAGCUGCUGCAGUUGACGGAUAUCUACCGGGACAGGCUGGAGCAGGCGAUGGAAGGUGCGGUGCACGGAGUGAGCCUGGCGUUAACGGCCGAGAAUCAGUUCAGUGGAGAGGAACAUCGGAAAAUCUCUGAUCUCGCUGAUAAGGGAGAGCGGGCGGACAGUUCUAAACUCCUCCUGAGCCUGGUGAUGGAGAAAGGCUCCCGCGCCCGGAGGGUGAUGUGGGAAACCUUUGUGAAAAUGCGGAUUGGUGUCCCAAAGCUGGACAGAAUACUGAAGGAAUUACAGAUAUAUGGUUGUGAUCCUUCCCAUCGACCAAUUUCCGCUCAACUUUUACUAAAGGUUCUCAGUGAGCUAAAAGAUGUUCAACAGAAACACAAGGAGACUCUGCGGGCAAAAACUGAAACACUGAGAGUGAACACGAUCCUGAUGAGGGAGAAGGUGAAGGUUUUCCAGCUGGUUGAUCGAUACGCUGAGCUCACGGUCAUUUCUACUGUUCGAGAUCGGAGACUUGUGGAACAUGAGCUGCUGGCAAGAGGCAGAGACCACGAGGAGUGGAGAGAAAAACAUCUCUGCGGAGAGCUGGAGAAACUCCAGAUGGAUCAGUUGUUCCAGAGCAGGUUUUCCCAAACUAACUCCAAAUCUGGGAGUUCGGCAGCAGUGGCCGGAGUCCCGGGGAUCGGGAAAACAACAAUGGUACAAAAGAUUGUUUACGACUGGGCCACGGGGAAAAUAUACCAACAGUUCCAGUUUGUCUUCAGUUUCAAAUUCCGCGAUUUAAACUCCAUUAACUGUAGAAUAAACCUGAAGGAACUGAUUCUGGAUCAGUAUCCUUACUUUGGGAAUAUCCUGAGAGAGGUCUGGAAGAACCCAGAGGGAUCGCUGUUUAUAUUUGAUGGUUUGGAUGAAUUCAAUGACCAAAUUAAUUUUUCUGACCGUCGGAGAGACACGGAAACUCGGUCCACAUGCACAGAUCCAGAUUUCAAGUGCAAGGUGUCUGACAUUGUGUACAGUUUAAUCCAGGGCAAGCUGCUCCCAGGGUGUUCAGUGCUGGUGACCACCCGUCCCACUGCGUUACAUUUAUUGGAAAAGGCUGAGAUCGGUACCGAAGCUGAAAUCCUGGGAUUUUCAGGUGAGGAACGGAAGGAAUAUUUCAUCAGACAUUUUGAAGAUCAGACGGUGGCGGAAGCUGUUUUCAAACACGUGAAGGAGAACGAGAUCCUGUACACCAUGAGCUACAACCCCUCCUACUGCUGGAUCCUCGCCCUGGCACUGGGCCCCUUCUUCACACAAAGAGUCAGGGACCCGCAGCGAGUUCCCAAGACCAUCACCCACCUGUACUCCUACUAUAUUUACAACAUCCUGAAAAACCACGGCCGUGAGAUUGAGAACCCCCGUGAUGUGUUACUCAGGGUUGGUCAGAUGGCCUUCAGAGGAGUGUCCGAGAGGAAGAUUGUGUUUACAGAUGGAGAUUUGAUCAACUACAAACUGCAGCCUUCCCAGUUCCUGUCCGGGUUCCUGAUGGAGCUUUUGGAGAGAGAGGAUUCUGCCCGGAGCGUGGUGUACACAUUCCCACACCUCACCAUCCAAGAGUUUGUAGCUGCAGUCGCACAAUUCCUGAUCCCAGAUGGCAGAGAUAUUACGAAACUCCUCACUGAAGCCCACUGUGUGAAGGAUGGGCGGUUUGAGGUAUUUCUCCGUUUUGUUGCUGGUCUCUCCAACCCAAUGGCAGCUCGGGGCCUGGAGGAGUUCCUGGGUCCAUUUCCUCAUGAAACAACCUGCCGGGUGAUUGACUGGGUGAAGGAGGAGGUUAAACGCCAGAGUGGAAACACAGGGAGUGAAGCUGGUAAAAGGAGCCUCCUGAACACAUUGCACUACCUGUUUGAGUCUCAGAAUCGUGGACUGGCUCAGGCCGCUCUGGGAUCUGUGGAAACACUUUCAUUCAGUGGAAUGACACUGACCCCAAUUGACUGCGCGGUCCUGUCUCAUGUCAUCGGACUCUGUGAUACAAUAAAACACCUCGACCUGGAGAAAUGCCACAUUCAGUAUGAGGGAAUACAGCGGCUGGGACCCGGGCUGCACAAGUGCCAGGAGUUGAGACUUGGGCGGAAUGACCUGGGAGAUUCAGGAGUGAAACUGGUGUCUGCGGCUCUGAGGAAUCCGGAGUGUAAAAUACAGAGACUGCGGCUGAGGGAUGUCGGUCUCACAGAUUCUGGUGCCGAGGAUCUCGUCUCCGCUCUCAGUACAAACCCAUCACUGACGUGGCUGAACCUGAGAUCAAACUCUCUGACAGACCGAUCUGUCCCCGCUCUCCGCCGCCUCAUACUGACCCUCCCGAGUCUGGAGUGGAUCCAGCUGUGGGGGAAUCGGUUCAGUGAGACCGGGAUGAAGGAACUGAGAUCUCUGCGGGGAGUCAGACCCGGACUGAGAGUGGAUCUGAACAUCUGAAUGUGGUGAAUCGGUUCAGUGAGACCGGGAUGAAGGAACUGAGAUCUCUACAGGAACCCAGACCCAGACUGAGAGUGGAUCUGUGAACAUCUGAAUGUGGGGAAUCGGUUCAGUGAGACCGGGAUGAAGGAACUGAGAUCUCUACAGGAACCCAGACCCGGACUGAGAGUGGAUCUGUGAACAUCUGAAUGUGGGGAAUCGGUUCAGUGAGACCGGGAUGAAGGAACUGAGAUCUCUACAGGAACCCAGACCCGGACUGAUGGUGGAUCUGUGAACAUCUGAAUGUGGUGAAUCGGUUCAGUGAGACCGGGAUGAAGGAACUGAGAUCUCUACAGGAACCCAGACCCGGACUGAUGGUGGAUCUGUGAACAUCUGAAUGUGGGGAAUCGGUUCAGUGAGACCGGGAUGAAGGAACUGAGAUCUCUACAGGAACCCAGACCCGGACUGAUGGUGGAUCUGUGAACAUCUGAAUGUGGUGAAUCGGUUCAGUGAGACCGGGAUGAAGGAACUGAGAUCUCUACAGGAACCCAGACCCGGACUGAUGGUGGAUCUGUGAACAUCUGAAUGUGGUGAAUCGGUUCAGUGAGACCAGGAAGAAGGAACUGAGAUCUCUACAGGAACCCAGACCCGGACUGACAGUGUCUGUGAACAUCUGGCCUUUAACCUUUAUCUUACCUGGAACCCAGACCCGGACUGAUGGUGGAUCUGAAUGUGUGAACAUCCCCGCCCGCGGGAUGGGGACAUUUGGCCGACUCCCCGCCCUCCCCUUUAACUCCCGCCCUUACCUUUAACGGCCGCGCGCCUGGUUCAACUUUCAACGGUUUUAACGGACCCGGCUCGGGCCUCGCGCUGUGUGCGUCGCUCGCAGCGGUCCCGCAGUGACGUGUUUCCGCCUGUUGUCCGGCGGGACAGCUUCCGCCGGAAGUGCGUGUACGAGACACCGACGUGACUCCCCGGGGAAUUACCCGGACAGGAAGAGCCCGGGGUCCGGGGCUCAGUCUGGGACACCGGUGUCCCGGGGUGGGGGGGGAUGAUCCCGGGAGAGAAUCCUUUUGCCCCCUUUGCUGAGGACGGUGCAUUCGGCAGCCUGGCCGAUAUAAUGAUGUUAAAUGGACAAAUCCCUCGGCAGUGACCCUGGAUCUGCAGCGAUCCCGGACACAGUCCUGAAGUGUGAUUUUAUAAUCAUCGGUUCCCCGAUGCAGAGUGACGGUGAGAAACGGGACUGAUUAUUCAAACUGUCACUCCUUGUCGCCGGUCAGUUAAUUGUGUGUGACUGUGAGUGAGUCGGGAGCAGCUUAUUUAUUCCCGCACGUCAGCAGCUCACACAUUGUUUCAUUUACAUUUGUCAUGAUGAAAUAAAUAAACCUGUAACUUCC